AAACUGAGGGGACCUUAAGUACGUUCUUCCUGUGUGAAGUAAACAUUUCAGAAUUUAAACUGUUGUAGAGGGAGGUGUAUGAAAAACACCACCCCAUAUUGAGAAGUUUAUUAAGCAGACCUUGACUCUUACAACUACCACAACCAGUUUAGUGUGGACCGGCAGCGGAGGUUGUUGCUGUUGACAACUGUGUAUCGAAGACACCAAGUGGUCACGUGAUAAGGAAAAACAAACGCGCGGCACUUUGUAAAGAGUUUUAACGUGAGGAUAAAUGAAGGUAAUUUUGUCAUGUAAGCUACGACAGCCUUCAAAGUGUAAAAUGAGAAUGCUUGUAUAUGAGAAGUGAUGCGAUUCGGUGCUCUGUAUAAUAGCGGCUUGAAAAAUGCAAAGUAGCGGCGGAAACUCGGAUCCAGUAAGACCCCGUUUAAACUAUGUCAGAUCUCGUGGUGAAGCAAAACAAGUGCGCAAAGUUCACAUCAGAAAGGUCGCUUACAGAGUUGGAUACAGCUGGAACAAAGGUGGAAGACUCAAGGAGCUGAGAAUAAGGCACCUUGCAAGAAAGUUUCUGAAGAUAUGGAUACAGAACACCUUUGGCCGAGUUCUUCCUCAUGAAGCAAAGUCGCAUUAUAACAGAGUGGUACUAAGAAGAACCUUUGAAGGAUGGAGAGAUGAGUGGUGGUCAUCCAGGAGGGAGUGGAGUCUGAACAUGCGAGCAGACUGUCACUACAGGUAUUACCUGUGCAACUGGACUCUCCACAGCUGGCGAAUGUUUGUGUGUUUGCAGAGGGAAAAGAAGAUGCAACAGCAAAAGGCUCAGUCAUUUGCUGACAAGCAGCGGAUGCGUCUGGUGUUGGACAGAUGGGAGGUUUUCACAGAGAUGAGAAGACUGAAGAGCAGAAUGCUGGAAUCAGCUCUUGAGCAGUACAGGCUCUCAGCUAUGCACUCAGUGUGGAGCUUGUGGCAGACUAGAUUACAGCACUGUCGAGACCUUCACAUUUUGGAGGAUCAAGCACAGAAACAGAGGGCGCUAACCUUAAAGAAAAGGGCUUGGCUUCAGUGGAAAGAGAUGCACACGGCUGCUUCUUGCCAGAAAGAGAAAGAAUCCAGAGCUGCGUUUCAUUUUAUCUCCAGAUUGAAAAGAAGAGCUUUGCAUCAGUGGAUAAGAUAUGUGUCGUAUCGCCACACCAAGAAAGAAACACAAGCUUUGGCUCAGCGUGCCUGCUCUCGCCUCCUGGUGAGGAAGUGUUGGAGUAAAUGGAGAAAUGCCCUCAAUCGCAAACACAGUGAAGAGACCCGUUUGCAAGCAGCAGCCAGUUUGGCCACGCAGAGCAUCCAGUGCAGAGCACUGGUGUGUUGGAGAGCUUAUGUGGCGUUGUGCAGAGAAGAGACUGAAAGAAAGCAUGCAGCAAAUCAACACUACCAACAUCAUUUAAUGCAUGCUGGAUUGCGAGGGUUGUCUCUUAAUGUCGUGUUGAACAAAACAUAUCGACUGAACAACCAUAUGGCUAUCCAACAUUGUCAGCAAACGAUGACUCGUAAGUACUGGAAACUAUGGCAGGAUCGUGUGGAGGAAGCUGAAAACCGGAGUUUUAAACCCCUCAUAGAUAUGGCCCUGAGUAACUACAGCACUUCACUGCUUAGAAGACGUUUUCACCACUGGAGAGAGAAACUUGCUGAGCAGAGACACAUGCAGGAACUGGAGCGUCGUGCAGACAUUUGGUUUGUAGACCGUAUGCUACCUCGGUGUUUCCAGUCUUGGGUUGAGUUUACCCUCCACAGCAGAAUGCUUCAACAGAGAAGACUCAAAGCUGAAGCUUAUAAUCGGCGGCGCCAGUGCACCUGGGUGUUUUACACCUGGUGGGGGAAGUCGGAGAAGCUCAAGGAAGAGAUGCUUUCUGAGCGGAUGGCAGUUCUUCAUGACGAGAGAUGCCAGAAGCAGAGAGCCUGGACGCGAUGGAGGCAGCGCACACAAGAGCGGAUCAAAGAGGUGGAGAAACAGGAGGCUUCACGUAGUCUGUAUUGUCGAACACUUCUACACAGGACGAUGAUGCAGUGGAAGGAAAACAGCACUGAGCUACGAGACAGGAGAAACAGAGAGCAGCAGGCCUGCCAUCAGGGUGAUUUGCGCUGCUUAAGAUUGGCUGUAGAAAAAUGGAAAAAGUUUGUUCAGAUCCAGAGAGCAAAGAAAAGCAGGCUGGAGGAGGUUCAGAGUUGGCAUGAAGUUAAACUUCUAAAACACUCCUUUGUGGCCUGGAAGAAACACCACCUGCAGAUGUCUCAGAUCUAUGACCAUGCAGAGGAGCUUCACAAGCAGCACACUCAGUGUUUUCUCAGAGUGGCGCUUACUGAGUGGAGGGAAAAUGCAGAGCAGCGGGCAGAGAUCCGGCUCGCAGAGCAACAAGCACAGAAUCACUUCGAUCACUCCCUUCAGCUUAAGGUGUUUCAUGCGUGGAGAGAAGCAACAAUACUUGCGGUGUCAAAGCGCUUCCAGCAGGGGGAAGCACUAAGCAGGGCUCAGCAGUCUAUAAAUGAAGUGCGGUUGCUGCAAUUUUUCAGACGAUGGAGGAAUCGGACCAGGGAGGCUCGGAGGGAGAGGAUAAUCAUGGAAAAAGCCAGGAGACACCAUAACUCCAAACUCCUUUCUAAUGCUCUGAAAGCUUGGAAAGAGCAUCACUACCAGCACCAGAAAAAUAAGGUGAUGAAACGACAGGGACUGUUACUGCUGAGAUUAAAAAUGUACCAGAUGUACUUUGAGCAGUGGAAAACAAAGCUGCAGCACAGACAGCGAGAGGCGAAGCAAACGGAGAGAGCACUCUGGCACUGGUCCCUCACACUUCAGGCCAAGGUGUUGUAUGGGUGGAGGAUUUGGGUCACAGAGCAGCGAAGAAAGCAAGAACAUGCAGCCAGAGCUGCACUGGUCUACAGAGACCAGCUGCUGAGGGAGGGGGUGACAUGCAUCCUCACAUAUGCCGCUCACAUGAAUGAUCUCACAACAAACCUAACACAACACAGUCAACUACAAAGAUCACAACACCUCCAGAGAGUUGUUAAACGUUGUGCUGCACGGUGGAGGCAGCGGGCACUGUGCAAACCCCGAAGAGCGCAAGAGACGAGAGGGCAGCCAGCAAAAAAGAGUGUGAGCUUCUGUCUGAGCAGUGUUUCAUCGUCUGACUCAACAAAGCAGGAAGCUGCAGAUGGAUUGCAUAGCAAGCUUACCCAGCCACAAUCUGCCGUCACCAACAUUAAAGCAGCUCCAAACUCAUCUGAGUCCAGUCGCCCCACACAGAAAAACCAUCCAGCGUCAAACUGCCGCCAUGCUGAUGAAGUGUUUGUUGCCUCUCCACAUCAGUGCUGUGUCAUGCCAACUGUGCCACCCUCUGAAUCUCUAAUGUCCAACAUGGACUUUUUUCAGCACACCCAAAACCAAGAACCUCUUUUACCUCCUUCUGCUUUCAUGACUACUGGGAGACAGAAUAAAUUCAAAUCAAGUCUUGGAGACGCUCCAGUUGAGCCUUUUCCUCAGUCUGUCGCUUCUUUAGAUCCCCACUCAUCUGCAUAUCCAGAAACACAUCUGAGUGCAUCUGGUGGAGAAACUGAGGUUCCUGAUGCUGAAAAUGCAACAACUGAUUCAACGUCAGCUCUGAUGAGCGAGCUUCUCAGGAUUCAACAGGACAUGAACAGUUUCCAGCUGGACAGAAAGCAGCUCCGGGCAUGGCGAAAGCUGAAAGGGGUGUUACAGAGUUGGCUGCAGACCAGUGGAAAGGACGAAGUGAUGGAAAAAAAUGCUAUCUGUCAAGAGUUGAAGGACUUGGAGGAGCUCAUCGACAGGCUGUCCACUAAGCUGGAAAAACAGAAACCGGUGAUGUUGCUGCACGCAGAGAGAAUCCAACAUUUGCAGACUGUCCUCCGGAGUUUAGGACUUCAUGCUCCUCAUCAAAAAACAGAAGAGUCAGAAACUCAAAACUCUGCAUUUCCAACGUGAC